AUGCAGCGACCAUCACCAUUAAAGACUGCGGGCCUACUCCCAAAGGUUUCGUCUAAUCCUGAUUUGCCCGAAUCACUGCGAAAUAGUGACAAGGCAUUUGUCAGUUCACGUAAAUUAAACUCGCACAAACGUAAACAGCCCGACAGCGGGGACGAUUGUAAUAUAGACGACAUGCGGGUAAGCCUCGAAAAUAAAAUUGAUGAGAAACUAAAUGCAUGGAAAAAUGAGCUGGAAAUAUCUAUAGCUACAACAAUAAAAACCUCUAUGCAAUCUAUCAUGGAGCAAGAGAUGGAGAAAAUGAGGGCUUCUUUCAGUGAUUUGAUCAAGCAAGUCAGCGAUCGAUUGGACAAUGUUGAACAAUCAUUAUCUUAUGCUAUGGAUCGUCAGGAUUCUUUUGAUACACGAUUGCGUGAAAUGGAAGAAAAAAUGAAGCAAAACAUAGAUGUAAUAAGUCAACUACCUGACCUACAAUAUGAAAUUAACUCUAUGCAGCAGCAGGCCCGGCUAUAUAAUGUAGAAAUUGCUAAUGUUCCUGAGCGCCGGGAUGAAAAUCUAGUCACCAUAUUAGAGAGGCUUGGGAGUUUUAUUAAACAUCCGAUUAAAAUGUCCGACGUCGUGUCAGUUCACAGAGUACCGCACUUCGAUAGGAAAACUACUCGACCGAAAAAUAUUAUAGUGAGAUUUACAACUAAGAUUCUUCGUAAUAACUUCAUCGAAGCGGCAAAGUUAGCUAAAGGACUAAAAUCAGAUCAGUUGUCUAUAUCAGGGACUGCACAGAAUGUAUAUAUAAAUGAACAUCUUACUGGCAAGAAUAAACAAUUAUUUCGGAUGUGUCGCGAGGCCGCAACCAAACAAAACUACAAAUACGUAUGGAUUAAGAAUGGUACAAUAUUGGUGCGUCAAACGGACUCGUCCGAGAUCUUUGCGGUUCGUAAGGAGCACGAUGUCAAGAAAAUUAAAUGA